CAGUGAGUCCCUCCACAGCGCCUUCCUGCUGGCUCUCUGCCAGCUGCCGUGAGAGCUGCCGGGCUUCUGCCCUUCGUUCCAAGUUAAGAAUGGAAGUGCGUGGUCUUCAGAGGAAUCCCAGCUACCUCUCAGAUCUCUAUGAGAACAUGUUGAAGGCUGAAGGAGCACGAGGGCAGCAGCAGCCCCCAGCCGUCCAUACAAGUAUCAACAAGACUUUUCGGAGCAGUGCCCCAGCCAAGGAGAGCCCCCAGCCGAAUAAUCAUCCGAGCAGCACCUCCUCCAGCUGUGACCCAGCCCUGCGGCCCAUCAUCCGCCGCCGAGCGAGGUCCCUGCCCACAUCACCCGAGAGGAGGAUGAGAGCAGCACUGCAGUGCCAGCAGCCCGGCUGCCAGAGCCGCAUGAACCGGGUCAGGUUUGCUGAUGCUUUAGGCUUGGAGCUCACUGAAGUGAAAGUCUUCCAGACUGGGGAGGAUCCAUCUAUCCCUUUGCAUGUCCUUUCCAGGCUCUCCAUAAACUCAGACCUCUGGUACAGCAACUUGAACUUGGAGUUCACUAUGCACUGCUUGGUCCCUGACUUCCAGCAGCCUGCAGACUGUCUGGAUUUCUCAUCCCGACUCCAGGAGCAGCAGGUGUGUCUGGAACGGGUGACCAGCUCAGAUCUGGGGCUCAGUGGCACCAUCCAGGUUCGGAAUGUUGCUUUUGAGAAGCAGGUGUCCGUGCGCUACACCUUCAACCAGUGGGAAAGCAUCCAUGAGGUGUGUGCUCGCUGGCACUGCAGCAUCCCAGACCAAAACGGGCAGGAGCAGGUUGAUGUGUUCACUUUCUUUCUUCCCGUGCCUCCUUUCCUCCUUCAGCUGAGCACUCUGGUCCAGUUUGCAGCGAGGUACCAAGUCAAUGGCCAGGAGUACUGGGAUAACAACAGAGGCAAGAACUACACCCUCCGCUGCCGGACUCACCCCCUGAAGCUGCCGAGGGAGUGUGAGGAGAGCUGGAUCCACUUCAUCUGAACAAAGGCAGUGGUGCUGAGCAGCGUGGCAGUGGUCUCAGUGGCACUCUGUCCCUUGGAAUGGCUCUCUGCUCCUAUGGCAACAGGCUUC